AUGAAUAAUUCAAGAAUAACUAGAGGAAUAGAAAAAGAUGAAGGAGAAAGAACAACUUAAACUAGCCAAAUUAAGUAAUGAAUUAUAGAAUAAGAAAUUAGAAAAGGUAGAAUACUUAAAUGGAUGCAGGAGUUAUUGCAGACACAAAUUUCCCCUUUCUAAACCACCUUCUAGUUAGUAGCAAAAUAAACUAAAAACCACAUGAGGGAGGUAAUCUCAGGAUCUCUAUCUCUUAAGAAGGACAAUUAAUUAUCAUAAUAAUUUUGGAGCAACUAUGAUCCAGUAAAGUUUGAAAUUUCAUAAGAAGGAAGUUGGAUAGGUAUACUUUAAAAUUUAUAGGCCUAAUUGUUUAAGCAAAAGAUAUAAUUAUUAAUAAAGAAUUAAACUACUAUUUAAGAUUUUGUGAAUCUGAUCAAUACUCAUGAAAUAUAUAAAGGUAAUUGCAACAGGUUUUAGACCUAGGCGGCCCUAUAUUUAUAGUAGAAAGAAGAAUUAUUUAUAUAAAAGAAAACUUCAAACAUGCAAUACUAUUAGAUGGCUGAAUUCUGA